AAUUGAGAGGAAUUGGAAGUGCAAAUUUCAGAUAAUAGGUAUGUUGAGAUGAUGUAGAAACCACAUUUACCUGCUUAUUGCGACUGUCCUAAUUCCUAAUUGAAGUGGUAUCAGCAGCAGUGUUCUCAACUGUUGCUUGGAAUCCUGUCUUUGAGUUGCCAUUGGAGAUUGGAAAGAUACACCGAUCAUCAGCUUAUGUUGCCAGCUGGAUUAUUCAUCAUCCAGUACUGUCAAACAGCUUUGGUGUUGCCAUGAUAUUAAGGUGGUAACCAGCCAAAGUGCUGUUCUAAUCCCGAGCUUACGUGAGCUCGGGUGAACAGUAAAAUCAAAAUAAAAUAAAAAAGUUCAAAAAUUCUGAUUUUUUUUUGUCAAACAUUGAAAAAUGUUUUCAUUGCUUGCAAUUUUUCAUCCUCGGGUGACAUUCGUGGAAAAUGCAGCAAAAAAUAAAGUAUGCUCCAAAAUGCUUUGAAAAAUAACAUUUCGGAACAUCGAUUAUUUUUGCCACGUCUUCCGGUGUUCAAAUUUAGCAAGAAACAAAAACAUUUUGCCACUAUUUAAUACAAAAAAAAUCACUUUUCCUGAUUUUUUUUAAUUUUACUCUUCUUUCGAUGAUAUCAUCUAUGCGCCGUGAAGCUGCUGGUGAGUCGAUUAGAAUUCGCACGAACGGGACGUUUUGGUGCACAUCUUACAUUGAAGAACAGAGGAUGUACAUGUUCAUGGUGGCUCCAAGAACACAUGCAUUUAACGGCUGGCUGUGCCGAUGACAACACAGUAGUGUGAAUUUUUGAAUGAAUAGCAAUUGUACCUACUUGUCACAGCAGCAACAAAAAAGACUAUCGGAGUACAACAGAAGCGAUGCUUAUCGCGUACAAGUAAAGUGGACAUCGAAAGGUAAACAAGAAGAUCAGAGUGGCGCAGCGGAAGCGUGGUGGGCCCAUAACCCACAGGUCCCAGGAUCGAAACCUGGCUCUGAUAAUUGUUGGUUUUUUAAUUUUUUUGGCCCAUUGCUGUCCAGUUUUGGGCCCACGUACGAAUUUUCUCUAACCGGGGUUCAUUUUUCUAUUGGACCCGUUUCUUCUUUUUGAGUCGUUCGGCCCACUUCUUCUAUGCAUAAAUAUAUACAUCUGCUCUAUCACGAGCUGGGCUUUGUGUCUGUAACUAGUCCUGUCUUCUUUUUUAUAUUUCCUUUUUUUUUUCUUUUCUGAAUUACAUUUCUAUAUUUUCAUUCAUCUAGUUUGUAACUAGGCUAGCUUUUCACAGAAAAGGACUUGCACCAUGAGUUAACAUCCGAAUAUAUAGUUUUACUUUGAGAGUGCUUUUCUUUGAAGAGAUGCUCGCGCGGGAAGUGGUAGACACCAUCUAAUUUUUAUUUUUAUUUUACUGUUCAUCCAAGCUCAUCAUCACCAUGUGUUAUUAUUCGUCAUCGGAUUCUCUACUCUUCUUUUGAUGACACCAUCUGCGCAUUCCAAAGCUGCUGGUGAGUCAAUUAUAAUUCCUACAUACGUACGUUCAUGUCGGCUUCCGGAAUGCAUGCAUGCAACGACUGGCUGUGCCGACGAAACCACAAUCCUGUGAAUUCAAAUCACAGCGACAAUAAAGGAUCAAAGAAGAACCCUUCCCAUGGUGUGAAAAGAGAAGGUAAGAAUGGGACCAUGUUAUAAGCCUAGAGGAGAUAUAGAUAGAGAUAGAGAUAGAUGAAAACACCCCCUGAGAUUUGUUAGGAAUUAAUAGAGUACAAAAGAGAUAUAAUUUAUUAAUAGCAAAACAUAAAAUCUAUUCAAUGCUUACCUUUUUCAAUGGGUUUAUUGAAUUGAGUGCCCAAGAUUAACAUACUCAUCAAGUAUUUCCGUAUUUACGAUCCCUACUAUAUAUAUGAACCAUCUAGAGACGACAUGUUAUCAAACACCAUAAACACCACAUAUACUCAUCAAGGUAGUCGUGGCACAAACCAUGAGGAACUGGCAACAAGCUCUCUCGUGUCUCGCCCUCCUCCUCUUCAUCCUCGUCUCGUCCAGCGCUUCCACUCUAGAUGACACAUGCAAGUCCGUCGCCGCAAGAAACAAGGACAACUCCUACAACUACUGCAUCUUGUUCUUCCAGGCCAACAACACCAGCCCCACCACGGACAAGCGCGGCCUCGUCGUCAUCGCCACAAAGAUCACCCGAGCAGAGGCCGCAAACACCCGUGACCGCAUCGACGCCCUAAUGGCCUCGGGGACGAACAAGAAGGUCAACGGGUGCCUCUCUGAGUGUCGCGUGCACUACACGAUCGCGCUGAACUGGCUCGAAGCCGCGGCGAAGGGCAUCGAGUCAGGUAAUUUGCAGGACGCGGAGGUGACCCUCAGUGGAGUGAUACUGGGCAUCGACACCUGCGAGGAAGGGUUCCGCAAGCUAGGCAUCAAGUCGCUUCUAGCCGUCGAGGAUGCCACGUUCACUGCAGGCGGCUCCAUCGCUCUCACUAUAACAAGCAUGUUGUAACUCGCUGCCGCCGAGGAUGCGUGAAUAUGGCUAACGGUUUUAGCUAUACUAGUCCAGGAUCAUCUCGAUCGAUCAAUAAACUCUUCGAACCUAUAAUUCAGAUCAGUGAACUUUGCAAGUACUUUGGA